UACAGGACGCGGAUGCUAAACUUGAUGACGUGGUGCCGGGACGACGAUGGCCGACCAGAGCAGGCAAAUUAAACUCGCCGCAGCAAAGAAAAAGCUGAAAGAGUUUCAGCAGAAGAGUACACAGUCCCCAGUCAACACUGGACCGAAGAAGAAGAGGAAGGUGAAAGCAGGGGGUCAGGCAGAAACUCAAGCCAGCGACAGACACUCGCCAGAACACGACCAUGGCGAAUUGGGGUUGCGGGAGUCCCCAGUUUCUCAGAUGCUUGAGGAUGCAGGAGAACCAGAUCGCUGCUCUCCUGUUCCUAACCUCCCUGCUGCUACUAACACGGAGUGUUUCGCUGACAGCGCUGACCUGCAGCAGAACUGCGACCUGGAUGCCAACAGUGAUGAACACACUCUGGAGGAAAACAGGCCGCUGUCAUCCACAGAGAGUCUGAGGCAGCUCUCUCAGCAGCUCAACGGUCUUCUCGCUGAGUCCCCAUCGUCAUACGUCAAUGGCGAGACCGGCCCAUCGCCCGUCAGUGAAAAAGAACUGGAGACUCGAAACCAGGAGCUGGCAGCCGCUCUGGACUCCAGCACUCUAAAAAACUCCCAGCUCACUGCAAAGAUCGAGACACUGACGAAGCAGUCUCAGGACCUGUCUGAGCAGAUGCAGAAGGAACGGAAAGAUUUUGAGCAGAAGUUUGCCAAAGAACAAGGGGCGAUGCGUGAACAACUGCAGGUUCACAUCCAGACCAUCGGCAUUCUGGUGUCCGAGAAGUCUGAACUACAGACCGCCUUGUCUUUUACACAGCAAGCAGCACGCCAAAAAACAGGAGAGGCAGAGGAACUGAAUAAUCGGCUGCACGCCAGCAAGCAGAGAGUGUCUGAGCUAGAGCGGACUUUAUCCACAGUGUCUACACAGCAGAAACAGUUUGAGAAGCAUAAUAAAGAACUGGAGAAGGACAGGGACAAUCUGCGACUGGAAAUCUUCCGAUUAAAUAAUGUGAAUGAGGAGAUGAAGCAGCAGAGCUCCGAGCUGGCAGAACAGCUGAAGUUAAAAGUGAGCGAGAACAGCGCGCUGGGUCUGGAGCUGGACGAACUGCGGAAGCGCCUGGAAAUGGCCGAUGUUAUGCUACAGCAGUUCUCCAAUCAGUCAGGCGCUCUGUCUGAGCACCAGCAGGUGCAGCUGCUCCUGGAAGAGAAACACCAGCUUGAGGUUCACACAGCUCAGCUCAUGGAGUCAGUAGCACAGCUACAGAGAGAGCGAGACCAGUACGCACAGCAGAUCCAGGAAGAGGGACGUGUCUGGAAAGACAAAACCGAGCAGCUUCUCACUCAGGUGACUCUGAUGUCAGAGGAAAGAGACAGGAGCGCUGCUCAGAUCCAGGAGCUACAGGAUCAGAUUACGGAGUUGAAAAAGGCAGCAGCUUUACUGUCUCAGGAGCAGGAGAGCCAGGCCACAUCUCAGUCCUCAGGGCCCUCAGAGAAGGAGCUGGCCCUGGAGGAGAGCAUCCACACCCUGCAGCAGGAGAGAGACGCUCUCAGCCUGCAGUAUCAAGCACAGGUUUGGGAUAAUGAGCAGCUGAGCCGGUUGGUGCAGGAGCAGGAGAUGCGGCUGGAGGAGCUGGAGAUGCAGGCGCAGCGCGCGGCCGAGGAGGCUCAUGACAAACUGCGCAUCCUGGAGGACGUUCAGAGUGACAAAGCCACCAUCAGCCGAGCCCUCGCUCAGAACCGGGAGCUCAAAGACCAGCUGGCCGAGCUACAGAACGGCUUUGUCAAGCUGACCAAUGAGAAUAUGGAGCUCACUAGUGCUCUACAGUCAGAGCAGCAUGUGAAAAAGGAGAUCGCUCGCAAGAUGGGCCAGCUGCAGGAGGAUCUCCAUAAUGCCAAAGAGCAGAUGAUGGAGCGGAUACAGGAGUGUUCAUCUCUCCAGGAGCAGAGGGAUCAGUACAUGGCCCACCUGCAGCAGUAUUCUACCGGCUACCAGCAGUUGGUCUCUGAACGGGAGCAGCUUCAUAAGCAGUUCCUGCAACAGACACAGCUGAUGGACCGACUGCAGCAUGAUGAAGUGCAGGGCAAAGCACAGCUGGAGCAAAGCCAGUUACAGCUGCAGCAGGCCCAGGAAAGACUUGACCAACUGGCCAAAGAUAACGAGCAGCUUAAAGUAGAAGUUCAAGAGCUACUGAACAGCAGCUCUUUAAAUACAUCACUCAGGGACCAGGGUGACGGAGUGGAAAGCUCUUUCCUACCAGAAACCUUCCAGAAGUCGGCCAUAGCCAUCCCAGAGGACUUUGAAAGCAGAGAGGAAAUGGAGGAGUUUCUGCACUCGGCUCUGUCGCAUCUGGAGGAAGAGCGGGAUGAAAUCAUGCGCAGGUUAGAAGAAGAGAGGAGGCUCCACCAGGCUGCAUUGCAGCAAGUGGCCACUAUGAGACAUGAACAACAUCAGCACAGCGCAAGUUCCGAAACUGGGAGUACGGAUAACGUUCCCGUAGAGGUGCACGAGGGACUCCGGGGUGCCAUGGAGAAGCUCCAGGAAAGAUUCACUGGCUUGAUGCAGGAGAAAGUGGACUUGAAGGAGAGAGUGGAGGAGCUGGAGCAUCGCUGCAUUCAGCUGUCUGGAGAAACUGAUACAAUCGGUGAAUACAUUGCACUGUAUCAAAACCAGAGAGCAAUUAUGAAGCAGAGGCACGUUGAGAAGGAGGAGUACAUUAACAGGCUGGCGAGAGACAAAGAGGAGAUGAAGACGAAGUUGGCGGAGCUGCAGGAUCUGGUGAUGCGUCUGGUCGGAGAGCGGAACGAGUGGUACACUCGCUACAUGAGCGCCAUCAAUAAUCCUGACUUUAUGGCUGCUGGAGAGGACGCCGGCCCGCCUGCAGGGACACAUCUGGAGCUGGAUGCUGUGGAUGGCCCGGUAUCUAUGGACAUGAGCACAGCUGUCGAAGUGGCUCCAGACAUGCAGAUGAGGACAGACGACGGCCCACAGGACAGACUUGACCCCCCUGCCGGAUCUUCCCUGAGACCCAGAGAGGACGGCACGGCUCGGCAGAUCAUGCAGCUUCUCCAGGAGAUGCAGAACCCUGAAACCCAGCCACCUCCAUUCCUCGAGGAGAACCCUUGCAUCCCGUUCUUCUACAGGCCCGACGAGAACGAUGAAGUCAAGAUCAUGGUGAUCUGAAAGCCUUUCCUUGCCUCUGUCCCUCUGGAACAAAGACGUCCCACUUUUCGCCGCUCUCUCGCCUUUUUUGCACAAAUAAGAGCCAGCGUUAUGACUCGCAUGAUGUAACUGGAGUUUUACUUUGUGUGUGUGUGUGGGCAUUCAGUGUUUUUCAUUUACACUCAUUUCUGAGGUUCUGGUGGUGGGUGGGAGGGCUUCUGUAUCUCAACCUGUUCUCACUCUCUUUAGCUGUAGUUUCUACGGGGUUCUUCGUUAUAAUACAAAAAGCAUAUUUUAUAUCAGCAUAUAUCUAAACCUGAGGUACUGCGGUUGAUGCUGCUCUGUCUGCUAUGUGCUUUUAAUGGGUUCCUCAGAAUUGUAUUUUUAAUCCUCUGAACUUUAGGUGCAAUAGAAAGACUUUUCUUACAUUGUAAGUAAAUGCAAAUUCUAAGGUUAGGAAUGUAAAAUGAUCACUUCGUCUAGUGGCUAAUACACGGAAUGAAUCGGUCAGCUUGCUGUUUUUCCGUUCCACACUCGUAUACACACACUCUUCAGUUUAGUUUUUUGUAACGUUAAAUCCGCUCCUGAACAACUUGCUAUGCAUAAUGUGUUUUGGGGUGUGUGGUUUUUUUUUUUUUUUACCUUUCUUUUUCCCCCCUUAUCUGGAGAAUUCAAAUGGAUAUCGAUGUCCACUAGGGGGCGAUGGUGUCAAACCGUCCAGUUUUUCAUGUCGAUUUGAGCGAUUUCACGCAGGCUGCUUCAUCGAUCUUGUCACAUAGAGACAGAUAAACUGUGUGAAACUAUGCUUAAAAACUUCUCGGUGUAGUUAUGGUAACGAUCAGGCAUCUUGCGUGUACAAACACGUCGUUAAAAUCAUCGUGAAAAGGAAGCGUGAUGAAGUUUGAAGUGGUAAAACUGGAAUGUUGAGUUUUUUUGUUACGGUAUGUGGAAGAGUUGGAUUUAAAGGGUCCAGCAAGUUGCAAGGAAGUACACUAUUGCAAAUAGUAACUACUGUAGUUUGCUCUGCAGAUUAAUAGUGACACAAAUAUUAAGAAGACUGAAGCUGAAAGAAGAAAUUAAUGAUAAAAUGCUAGCUCGUUCAAGUUUCUGAAAUGCAUUAGUUUCUCUUUUUCGCCCUCCCCAUGCCUGAAGAGCUCGCUUUGAUGUAUAUAAUCUUUAAUGGAGUGUUUCCAUUCCAAAUCCCACACACAGCAAGCGUGUAGACUUGCUUUAGAUGAAGAGAAAUGCUGGUUUUGUUUUUUUGUUUUUUUGUUUUUUUAAAUAUAUACAUAUGUGCAGAGUUCGUGAUCAAUGCUGGUGAACUUUAUGAUGCCGGCUGUGUUUCAAUUGGCUGAGAGUUUCAAGGCUUCAAAGGGAGUGGAGAAAAUGUCCAAGGUUGUAAAAGGUGUGUGUGUGUGUGUACAUAUUAGGAAGUUGAAGCCUUUGUAAGGUUUGUAGUCGUGUGGAGAGGUUUACAGAAAGUCGAGCGCAAACUCUGAUUUGCUUUAAGAUGAGCGACGUCCACCACGCCGAUGUGCAAAAAGCCCGAAAUGUAAAGUUUUAAGUGUUUAAGUAAUAAGAACUGGAAGUGUGUUGAACGUAUGGAAGACCUGAGGACGACUAGUUACGCUACAACCAAGGUGUUUUUCCUUUUCCCCUCCCCUCUCUUUCCUUUCUCUUGUUCACCCCGUGAGCGUGAGAGAAGUGAACGUAUGAAAUGGAUGAGUUUCUAUCAGGGUCUCCAUUUACUUUUCCUCUCCUUUCGUUUGGCUUGGGAGUGUGCUCAUCUUCCUGCGCUUGUUAACCCACAGCCCUCCCACUCUUUCGUCUUUUCUGAUGGAGAAGCGAGCGGGAUAUUGAGCGUGUAACACGUGUAAAUAGUGUAACUGUGUAACAUAGUGUAUAUUUAAACUGGUGUGUGGGAAACCGAGAUCAAUUUGAAUGGCUACUACUAGCACCUGCCUAUGAUUGAUAGAAAUAAAACAUGAAUGAAGAAAAUGGGCAGAGUGAAGUGGGUGUGAGGUGUCUGUGAUUUAAAGGUAAAUGGAAAUAUUUAUUUAGAAUAUGUACUUACACUAAACUGUUUUAAUUCAACACACUGUUGGAACACAAUGAAGGAGUAAAUCAGAGUUGAUUCAGGGUUUUUUUUUUGGGUUCCUCCUAAAUAAACCUGGGCAAAGUAA